AUGUUCAGAAUUAGAAAAUUCGUAGAUGAUCACACAUGUCCAUUUAAAGAUAAGGUUUAUGAACAACGUCAAGCAACAAGCAAUCUUAUUGGAGGUAUGAUACAACCCAAGUUAGUUGAUCAUAAAAGGAAGUUGACGCCAAAGGAUAUACAACAAGAUGUCAGCCUAGCUCUUGGAGUAAAUGUAUCAUACUCAGUGGCAUGGAAGGCUAAGGAAAAGGCUGUAAUUUCUUUAAGGGGUACCCCAUCUGGUUCUUAUGGUAAACUAUCGAGCUACUUAUACGUAUUGGACGCUACCUACCCUGGAUCUCAUAUAAGGAUGAAGAAAACCAAUGAAAAUCAAUUUAUUUAUCUUUUUAUUUCUCUCAUCCCGUUCAUAAAAGGUUUUGAGCUUUGUAAACCAAUUGUCGUAGUUGAUGGCAGCCACCUCAGGGGGACGUACAAUGGAGUAUUUGUUUCUGCAAGUACUGUUGAUGGAGUUGGAAAUAUAUUUCCGCUAGCAUAUGGAAUUAUUGAUUCAGAAAAUGAUGCAUCCUGGACUUGGUUUUUUGAACAGUUUAGAGAAGCGCAUGGCGUUAAAUAUAACUUGUGCGUUGUGUCCGAUCGAAACGAAAGUAUUAUAAAGGAAGUUUCGAGGGUAUUUGAUGGAGUUCUUCAUUAUGUCUGUAUUUGGCAUUUGUGGGAAAAUAGGAAAACACUAUUUAAAAAGUCGCACAAUAGUCUGUCGGAAGUUUUUCAUGGGAUGGCAAAGGCAUACAAACAUUCUGAAUUUGAUGAACUGAUGGAAAAGGUUGAACAAGUUGAUGUUCAUGUACAAAAUUACUUGGAAUCAGCAGGUUAUGAAAAAUGGGCUAGGGUAUAUACAACAGUUGAUCGAGGAAUGGUUAUGACAUCAAACAUAGCUGAGUGCAUAAAUGCUUGUCUACUUGAAGCAAGGGAAUUAACGGUAUACGAUUUUCUUGAGGAAGUAAGACAGAUGUUUGCAAGAUUGAAUUUGAAAAAUCAUACGUCUGCUUCACAUACUUUCACCACACUUUGUGGUAGACCAUAA